AAAAUAGUCCAAUUAGUUGAUACUUUAUCAAAUAACCCCCUAAAUGGCAUUUUAUCUGUAAUCCAGUGUUUGAAAAUGGCGUAAUAACGAAGCGUGUUCUCAUAAUGGCAUUCGAGCGAAUCCGUAGUUUGAUAAUGGCAUAAAUCCAAUUUUCUCCUCCACCGAGCCGGCCGAAUCAAAUCGAACCGCGGGCAGCGCGCACGCGCAGCGACUGCCGGCGAUGGCGAGCCUCACCCUGCCGCCGGCGCCCCCCAACCCACGCCAGGACGCCAUCGACCUCCACAAGGCCUUCAAAGGGUUUGGAUGUGACAGUACAACAGUGAUAAACAUACUUACUCAUCGCGAUUCGGUGCAGCGUGGACUCAUUCAACAGGAAUACAGGGCUAUGUAUCAUGAGGAACUCUCCCACCGUAUUUCAUCUGAACUCAGUGGAAACCACAAGAAAGCUAUGUCGCUGUGGAUUCUUGAUCCUGCUGGACGUGAUGCAACUGUUUUGAGAGAAGCUCUAAAUGGUGACACUAUGGAUCUGAGAGCAGCCACUGAGAUUAUAUGUUCCAGGACACCAUCACAGUUGCAAAUAAUGAAACAGACUUAUUAUGCUAGAUUCGGUACUUAUCUUGAGCAUGACAUUGCUCACCACACAUCCGGUGAUCACCAGAAGCUUUUACUUGCAUAUAUGGGGAUUCCACGCUAUGAAGGUCCCGAGGUUGAUCCUACAAUUGUGACACAUGAUGCAAAGGAUUUGUACAAAGCUGGUGAGAAAAGGCUGGGUACGGACGAGAAGAUUUUUAUCCGUGUUUUCACUGAACGCAGUUGGGCACACUUGGCAUCUGUUUCUUCUGCUUACCAUCAUAUGUAUGACCGGAAAUUAGAGAAGGUUAUCAAGAGCGAAACUUCUGGAAACUUUGAAUUUGCACUUUUGACUAUCCUCAGAUGCGCGGAAAACCCAGCAAAGUAUUUUGCUAAGCUCUUACGAAAGGCCAUGAAAGGUUUAGGCACUGAUGACAUGACACUUAUAAGGGUGGUGGUGACGAGGACCGAGAUUGACAUGCAAUAUAUCAAGGCAGAGUACUUGAAGAAGUACAAGAAGCCAUUAGCUGAGGCUAUCAACUCCGAGACAUCAGGAAACUAUCGGACGUUCCUUCUUUCACUUGUUGGUCAUGGCCAUUAGGCUAUGUUUCGACCAUGGGACAUGAUAUUUCUAUCGAUCCACCCUAAAUGCAGCGACCUACCUGGAAAACUUAUGAUGUUGCCAUUUAUCUGUCGUGACUCCUGGAUCUAACUGCCACAUAUCACAUAUGCGGUUCCUAGUAUGCUUGUUUAAAGUAUUCGUGUAUAUAUUUCCAUCCGGGUUUCUUGUUGGAAGAUUCUGGAUGGGAUACCAGAUCAGCUGUUGCUGGUCACAGUGGGCUUGACUGGUGUCUCUAUGACGCCAAUAUUAUUAUGUCAUGUUCUUGUGGUAUUUCCUUCAUUUGUUAUUCUGUUUUUCGCUGCUUAUCCCAUAUCCCUGUUUUCUCCGUCCUUCACGGAGACCAACGUCUUAGGACAUAACCCAGAGAUAUAGGGGUACGUUUCUUGGAGUAUAAAAGAUAGGUUUUGUAUCUUAUUGUAAGAUAUGACUCAUACGAGGGUUGUAUAUAUGAAGCUGUUUGUUGGAC